AUGGCAGCGCCAAACAGUGAGGGAAAGAUGGAGAAAGUUUGCGUCCCUAGGAAUUUUUAUCUUCUUGAUGAACUAGAGCAAGGGCAAAAAGGACCUCAGGAAGGCAGUAUUAGUUGGGGAUUAGAAAAUAUGGGUGACGCCACGCUUACAAAGUGGAAUGGAAUGAUACUUGGUCCAACGCGCACUCCUUUUGAAAAUCGAAUUUACGAUUUGAGGAUCGAAUGUGGACCCAAGUAUCCAGAUGUACCUCCUACCGUUAGGUUUGUGACGAAAAUUCGCAUGCAUGGUGUAAAUGAAAAUACUGGCGAGGUUGAUCCUCGGAUGUUCGCGACUCUUUCCAACUGGACUCGUGGAAAUUGCAUACGCCAUGUCCUCUUGGAUGUCCGUCGAAAAAUGUCUGCUUCUGAAAAUUCGAGACUUGCUCAACCUCCUGAAAAUUCCACAUUCUGA